AGUUGCAUCACUGAGGAAGGUCCCAAUUUAGGGGUUCGGGAAAUGGCACGGUUUGUUCUGCCAUCAAAGACUCUGGCUUUUUCGAAGAGGAGCCUAUUGGGUUUGAUCUCCCCUGUUCCUCUUCAGCUCAAUUGUUCCGUUAAUUGUUUUCAGAAUACAGCAAAAAGUACUAUCAGAUUGAGGCAUUUCCUUGCACCAGAGGUCAAUCUGCGAAGGAAGUGUUGCCCAUUUUCCCCCUCAGAAUCAAGGAUCAAGCAAGUCAGCAAGAGGCAAAUUUGUUCGGUUGCCACAGAGGACUUGGCAAAGGAAGUUGAAGAACCUAAAAUGGAGACACCGAAAGAAAUAUUCUUAAAGGAUUACAAAAUGCCUGAUUAUUAUUUUGAUACUGUGGCUCUGAAAUUUUCCUUAGGAGAGGAGAGGACAAUAGUUACCUCUAAAAUUACUGUGUUUCCUCGUGUUGAAGGUUCUUCUGCUCCACUAGUUUUAGAUGGACAAGAUUUAUCUUUAGUGUCAAUUCAGGUUAAUGGCAAAGCUUUGAAGAAGGAGGAAGAUUAUCGGUUGGAUGCACGCCAUCUAACAAUCCUUUCCCCUCCUAGUGGUAGAUAUGAUCUUGAAAUCGUUACAGAGAUCUACCCCCAGAAUAACACAUCAUUGGAGGGGCUUUACAAGUCAUCUGGCAAUUUCUGUACUCAAUGUGAGGCUGAAGGCUUCCGUAAGAUUACAUUCUAUCAGGAUCGCCCAGAUAUAAUGGCAAAAUAUACAGUUCGUAUUGAGGCAGACAAAUUGCUAUAUCCAGUGUUAUUGUCUAAUGGAAAUCUGCUUGAAGAAGGUGACUUGGAGAAUGGCAAGCAUUAUGCUGUUUGGGAGGACCCCUUCAAGAAACCUUGCUAUUUGUUUGCCUUGGUUGCUGGGCAAUUACAGAGCAGAGAUGACAUGUUUAUUACCCAUUCAGGGAGGAAGGUCUCCCUUAGAAUCUGGACCCCUGCAGAUGACCUGCCUAAGACUGCGCAUGCCAUGUAUUCUCUGAAAGCUGCUAUGAAGUGGGAUGAAGAUGUUUUUGGACUUGAAUAUGACCUGGAUCUCUUUAACGUUGUUGCUGUCCCAGAUUUUAACAUGGGAGCCAUGGAAAACAAGAGCUUGAAUAUCUUCAAUUCCAAGCUUGUACUGGCUUCUCCUGAAACGGCAAGUGAUGCAGAUUAUGCUGCAAUAUUGGGAGUUAUUGGCCAUGAGUAUUUCCACAACUGGACUGGCAACAGAGUGACAUGUCGCGACUGGUUCCAGCUUAGUUUGAAGGAAGGUCUUACUGUUUUCCGUGAUCAGGAAUUUUCAUCUGACAUGGGAAGUCGAACUGUAAAGCGGGUUGCUGAUGUUUCUAAACUUAGGAAUUACCAGUUUCCACAGGAUGCAGGUCCCAUGGCUCACCCAGUGAGGCCACACUCUUACAUCAAGAUGGACAACUUCUACACUGUGACGGUCUAUGAAAAGGGGGCUGAAGUUGUCAGAAUGUACAAAACAUUACUGGGAAGUCAAGGGUUCCGGAAGGGCAUGGAUCUUUACUUUAAGAGACAUGAUGGACAAGCUGUUACAUGUGAAGACUUUUUUGCGGCCAUGAGAGAUGCAAAUGAUGCAGAUUUUGCAAAUUUCUUACUAUGGUACUCUCAAGCUGGGACCCCUAGUGUCAAAGUUAAUACUUCUUACAAUUCUGAAGCACAUACUUUCUCUUUGAAGUUUAGCCAAGAGAUACCACCAACCCCAGGGCAACCAGUUAAGGAACCAAUGUUCAUUCCCAUUGCACUAGGCUUGCUUGAUUCAACUGGCAAGGACAUUCCUCUUUCAACUAUUUAUCAUGAAGGGACGCUGCAAUCUGUUUCAAGCAAUAAUCAACCGGUCUUCAAUACGGUUCUUAGAGUCACCAAGAAAGAAGAAGAGUUUGUCUUCACUGAUAUAUUUGAGAGGCCUGUUCCAUCUUUGUUAAGGGGAUACAGUGCUCCUGUACGUCUUGAAUCUGAUCUCACAGAUGAUGAUCUGUUUUUCCUUCUAGCUAACGAUUCAGAUGAAUUCAACUGCUGGGAGGCUGGGCAAAUUUUGGCACGUAAACUGAUGCUAAACUUGGUUAACGAUUUGCAACAUAACAAAGCAUUGGUUCUGAACCCCAAGUUUGUGGAGGGAUUCAAGCGUAUUCUAUGUGACUCUAGCCUGGACAAAGAAUUUGUGGCAAAGGCAAUUACCCUGCCAGGUGAGGGAGAAAUAAUGGAUUUGAUGGAAGUUGCAGAUCCUGAUGCUGUUCAUGCCGUUCGAACCUUCAUUAGGAAGCAGCUUGCAAGUGAACUGAGAGCAGAGUUCCUCAGCACUGUGCAAAAUAAUAGGAGCUCAGGAGAAUAUGUGUUUGAUCAUCCAAACAUGGCCAGACGUGCUCUCAAGAAUGUUGCUCUUGCUUAUCUUGCAUGUCUUGAGGAUCAAGAAUACACUGACCUAGCACUACAUGAGUAUAAAACUGCUACAAAUAUGACUGAGCAGUUUGCAGCCCUGGCUGCCAUAGCCCAGAACCCUGGUAAAACCCGUGAUGAUAUUCUUCAUGACUUCUAUGGCAAGUGGCAACAUGACUUCUUGGUGGUGAACAAAUGGUUUGCCCUUCAAGCAAUGUCUGAUGUUCCCAGUAAUGUUGCGAAUGUGCGGGAACUGAUAAACCACCCUGCGUUUGAUCUGCGCAAUCCCAACAAAGUGUACUCCCUCAUUGGAGGGUUCUGUGGUUCUCCGGUGAACUUCCAUGCAAAGGAUGGAUCAGGCUACGAGUUCUUGGGAGAAAUUGUUGUGCAACUUGACAAAAUUAAUCCUCAGGUUGCGUCACGAAUGGUAUCAGCCUUCUCAAGAUGGAGGCGUUUUGAUGAGAACAGACAAAAACUGGCCAAGGCCCAGCUGGAGAAGAUCAUGUCCGUUAAUGGAUUGUCUGAGAAUGUGUUUGAGAUUGCUUCCAAAAGCUUAGCUGCUUAAGUUACCUGAAAGUGUUAAUCACUUGACUGGUAUUAAAAACCGCCAAGCUCCUUUUAUUUAUAAAGGUUUCUAGGCACAUGCAAAUGAGCAAUCUUUUGGACGAUUCUGAAUAACCUCGUUAUCUUUUUUCAAGCAUGCCAUGCUUACUUUUCUCUUGUAGUGACUCGAUUCCGUCGUCGAUUUCAGAUAGUACAUAUUAACACUAUGUGCAAUAAAUGGAGGAAAAAAAUUACAAGGUUAUCUCGGUUUUAUAAAGUAGGUUAUUUAUCGU